CCCCUGCUACAUUUUACUUACUGGCCAGAUCAUAAUCAUAUAGGUAGUAGCAUGUCACUCAUGAACAUAAUAAACAACUCUAACAACUCUGCUUUCAAUUUUAUCAUCCACGAAAUUGGUAUGCAAUAGGCAAGUAAAAUGAUCAAUUAUUCAACCAAAGGAGAGAUACUCUAAGUCCAAGCAAUAAACCAUUCCAAUUGUCUAUUACAUGUUUACAUAAAAGUAUACAAUAUAGAGAACCAUAAAAUAACUAACUGAAAACCCAAGAGAAAUACAUUCAUUGAUUUGAGCAUAAAAUUUUACCAUCAAGCCGUUGUAAUCUAGAAGAAAUUAAGAAACAAAUGGAAAGAAGAGUUUAAUAUGGCCAGUCAACCGCAAACAACCACAUAUCUCUAGGAAAAAGAGACCAGUUGUCAACUACAAAUUAAGGGUGAGGAGGGAGCAAUGAGCAAUCAUCGACUUCAUUUAAUUCAUCUUCGCAAUGAUAGGAUGAACUUUUUUAGUCAAUCGUCAAACAUAUGUUACAGAUGCUCAAUUGUAUCCCAUCUAAUCAUUGUCUCAUGUAACUCCACCCUCAUAUUCUCUUACAAAGAGUAAAAACUCAACAUGCCUUACUAUUUCCUUUCCUGUAUCUGUUUGAAAAAAGUAGAGAAAAGAAAUGCUAGAAAUCUUAGGAUUUUGAGGAAAUAAGAAGAGAGGUUUGUUUGUUUUUAUGUGGCUUGAUCCAAUUUCUUUAUUUUCAAUGUUGCACUUUAUUUUUAUAGAGAUGAUUUGUAUGAGAAAAGGAAUAGGAACAAACCAAAAUGUUGCAUUAUGUGUUAUUAACUUAAUUUACAUUUUAUUUAUAAUAAUACCAAUUUAAAGAGUAAACAAAAAAUUAUAUAAGCAAGAAUUAGAACUUGUCCACUAUGGAAGGAUGAGAGCUAGCCAUUUGUUGAUAUGGCACUAAUUUAGUUUUAAAUUCCUAUACGAUUAAGUAAUGAUGAUUUAUAAUUUUUUGAAUUUUUUUUAUAAAAUUUUAAUAAUUCAUACAAUUAUUGUGACAUUUCACAUACAUGUGAAUUCUGGGAUGUAUUGUAGACAAAUUUAUUGUAAAUACAACUUGCUUACUGUUACAAAAUAGAAAAUUCCUAUUUGAUACUUUGAUUUUGAAAAAGUUUUUAUUAUUGCCAACCAAAUCACAUGUAUCAUUUUUUAAAAUAUAUUGUGUCUCGUCUUAAGGUAUGAAGUCAAAGUUUGUCAAAACUCAUACUUAAGUCAUUUUGAAAACUUUGAUGUAUAAUCCUCGACAAUAACUCUAAAUUCGAAAAGAAAAUUUAUUAACAUAUUAUUUAUGACCUCAAUUGAGCAUGCUCAACCAAAUCAUCUAAAUCAAAUAUUUUAAUGUGAACUUAAAAACCAAAUUAUAAAAUAUUGCACAUGAUUACUCUUCCUUUGAGAAAUUUCAGGUAGAACAUUAAUAUAUGUUUUCAUUUAAUCGGGAUGAAUAGAAAUGUUUUUAAGAAAUUAUUAUUAUUUAUCGAUCAAGUUAUAUUCUGAAAAUUAUUUUAUUAUAUGAAAUAAUUAUUUAUAUACAGCUAUUUUAACUGGUAGACAUAUAUAUUAUAAAGAAGUAUAAUAAGAGAAGAUUUAAUAUAUAAAUUCAUAUAUUUCAUUUUUCAAAGUCGAUUGAUUGUCAAACGCUUGAUUUAUCUCUUUGUGUGGUUAUAUUUUAUUUAAUAUACAAAGAUAUUAUUAUUUAUGUGUGUAUUUCUUUAAAUUUUUCAUCAAAAUAUAACUUAUUAUGAAUUUUUGGUUAAAAUGAGUAGAUAAUUUAUUUGAUAAGAUUUAAUCAUAUAUUUUUUGUUUAAACAAACCCGAUAUAUGUUAUUCUUCUUUUCCAUCUUUAUAUUUUGUUUUAUUGACAAUAAUAUUAUUAUUUAUGCUUGUUUUUACUUACAUUCUUAAUGUAACUUAUUAUUAAUGUUGAGUAAAAGUGAGCAUAAAUACUAAAAGAAGAGAGAGAUAACUUCAUAAGUAGAUCAAUAAUAAAUUUUUUUGGUGGUAAAAAAAUGUCCACCUAGGCAACUUGUUAUUUCCCCAAGUGCUUAUGUGGCAAGAAUUUACUUUUGAAUUGCCAUAAUAUAUAGUAUAGAUAGAUAGAUAUAGAUAGAUAGAUAGAUAGAUAGAUAGAUAGAUAGAAGAUAGAUAUAGAUAUAGAUAGAUAGAUAGAUAGAUAGAUAGAUAGAUAUAGAUAGAUAGAUAGAUUCUCAAUACUUAGCACAUUCACUUAUACUAUUUGAAUUCUCUAAUCAUAAACCAUGUCACAAAAGUAUACCACGUACAUGUACAAUUUUUUCUAUCUUAUAUGAAUCCAUGUUGUUCAGAUGAGGACAUCUUACGGAGAGUUUCUUUGUAUAUAUACUUCAUUAUUGGAUAAAUUUCUUCAUUCCAAUUUAAAGUCGACACUUUGAAUGUUCAUGAAGUUUGCUGUAAGAUCUUAUUUGUAUUUAGUCUUUUAUAUAAUAUGUAUCAAUUGCUAAUUUCUGAAAUUUAAUUUGGACUAAUUAACUGAGACUCAUUGUCGUUGUUUAUAUAUUGUUUUAGAAUCUCAAUCCAAGAUACUCACAUACGGAUUUUGAUCUUAAUAUGGUGCGUUAGUGUAUAAUUUUACAACUUGUAGAACCUCCAUUUUCUAAAAUUUAUUUAUGUUUGGUAUUUGUUUAGAAAUUAAUUUCAUUACUUAUACUAAUAUAUGAAUUUUUUGUAUUGCCACAUUUAUUGUCAAUAUAUAAGCAUAUAUAUUAAAAAGAGUUUAAUUAUUUUUAAGUGUAAUUAAUGCUUGUUUUCUACCGGGAUUUGUAAAAUGUUAACAAAAUAAGGGAAAUAUGAACAAUUGUAAAAGAAAAUAAGGGAUGGAAGGACAUAUUAUAAGUGAGAGAAAAGUUAUUCUUACUUAUCAUCUUCAUUUAUCCAAUGAGGUGAUCUAUUCUUGCUUCAUUGAAUUUUAUCGAAUUAUUUUAUUUCGUAAAUAUAUUAUUAUUUAUGCAUGUGUUUUAUUGCAAAAAAAAUGCAUGUGUUUGCUAAGAAAGAUCAUACCUCUUACGAUGAUUAACUUUUAUAAUCUUGUUUCAUAGGUCAAUCGUUGAUGAACACAUGAUGUUUAACAUACAGUUUAGCAAAGAUUCAUCUAACUUUCACAUGUAUCAUUUUUUAAUGUAUCUCGUGUCUCAUCUUAAGAUAUGAAGUCAAGUUCAUCAACAAUCAUACCAAAGUCAUUUUAUAAUUUUUGAUUUAUAAUCCUUGAAAAUUUUAUUACUCCAAGUCUGAAAAUUAAAUUUCUUAACAUAUGACGUAAAACUUCAGUAGAGUUUGCUAAAUUAACACGAUCUAAAGAAAAAAUGCUAAAUAUUAGUAAUUUGAACUUAGGAUACAUUGUAAAUUAUUUCACCUAUGAUUCAUAUUUUUCACUUAAUUAGAAUGAAUAAGAUUUUUGUUUAAGAAAUAGAUUUUAUUGCUUGAUCAAGUUUCUAUUCAAACGUUUCUUGUUUUCUCUCUUUAAUUUCCAUCGUUAUUUUGUCGCGAUAAAAUGUUAUUAUGUAUGUGUGUUUGUAUAAAUUGUUCAUCAAAAUGUAACAUAUUUGUAAAUUAUUGUAAAAGUGAGUUAAAAAUCUACUCAGUGAGCUUUAAUAAGAUAUUUUUUUGGUUGAGAAAAAAGUUAUAUGUGUGACUUAAAGACAUUAAUCUAAUGUUGCGUACAUCUAUACAAUGCAAAAGUAAAAAUAAAAACAUAAAGAAAGUAUUGGAAAAGAAAAAUAAAUAUUAAGAAUUUUAGAGAUACAAAUGUAAUAUAUGUCACUUUUCAUACAUUAUUUAUUAUUGUGUACAUUGAUAUAAUACAAAAAAAAGGAUAAAAGGGAAAUGAAAUAUUAAAUGAAGAGAGAGAUAGCUCCAUAAAUAUAUCAAUAAAUAUUUAUUUUUUUGUAAAAAUAUUGUCCACCUUGGCAAUUUGUGAGCUCUUCAAGUGCUUAGGUGGCAAACAAUUACUUUUGAAUUGCCAUAAUAUUAUGUAUAGAUAGAUAGAUAUAGAUAGAUAGAUAGAUAGAUAGAUAGAUUCAUUAAGUUAUAUUUACAAUUAAGCUUAAUACAUAAACCACACACCAAUUAAACGUCAAUAUACUACUGGAUUAUGAUGUGAUUAUUAGAUGUUGUAUGAUAAUUUAUCUAAUUCCUGACUAGUUUGUUUAUUCUAUGAUUAUUUAGCAUUUUACUAUUUAUUGUCUGGUAUUUUCCCGGUAGGAGUUCCGGUAUUACUUCGGUACGGUAGUCUAUUUUUCCGGUACGAUAUUUUAACAAAAAUAUAUAUUUUUUAUUGAAAAACGGUAUUUGGCCGGUAUGAAACGGUUGAACCACGGUCGUACCAUAAAAUACCGUACCACAGACUUGUCCGGUAUGACCUCCGGUACGGUUUCCUAAACCAUGCUUAUUUCCCCUUCCCUAUAUCGUCUUGAUCCCCCUGCCGGCUAGAAAUUAGGAUGGUUAAUAUUUCCCCUGCCCAAUAUCCUCUUGAUCCCCUCUUUUUUUUUUUUGAAUAAAGAUUUCAUUCAUUCAAUCCCGAAAGAGGAAGGGUUUACAACAAUAGUGCCACAAUAGAAAGGACCGAGAUCCAAUCAGGCGGAAGAGAAAGACAACGUGCAUUACGAGCGACCCAAUCGACACAUCUGUUCACACGACGACAGGUGAAAGAGAUAUGAAUCCAUCUACACUGAAGGAGCAACUCUUUCACAUGAGAGAGAAGAGCAAAGCACCGCCAUGGCUAGAGUGAUUCAUCACCUUUAAGCGCAUCCACCAAAAUCUUGCAGUCUGAAAGGAUAACUGUAGGAGAGUUGUCAAGGGCCGCCAUCCGGCACGCUUCAACAAGAGCAAAGGCCUCAGCCUCAAUAGGGGACGAACAAAUGACCCUGCCAGCCCUCCCAUCACAAAUCUGACCUAUGGGAAUUAGUGAUAACUACCCCAAAAGCCGCCUCAGACGAAUCAUUGUCAAAUGACCCAUCGCAGUUGAUCCUAAUAAGGUCAUCACUUGGCGGUGGAAGAGAUUGUGAUGGAGUGUCCCUUGGCUGGUUUGUAGGGAUGAUAGAUUUACGACAAGGAGAAGGUUUAGAAGCCUCUCGGAAAGUUGUGAUUGAGGACAACAAUGGGGACAAGUUGUUGCCUCUGAAGAUGAAGUCGUUCCGUGCUUUCCAAAUGUUCCACAGGCAAAAGACCUUGAGACGGAGAGACAGAAGAGUCUCCGCAUCUCUAAGUGAGAAGAACCAUCGCAUGAAUUUCGGAGGAGGGGUGCAUGACGGGAGGAUCCUCUCCCAAGUCUCCUUUGCGUGAGGGCAAAGAAAGAGACAGUGGAUGAGAGACUCACAAUCGGCAUUGCAAAUCUGGCAACGAGGGUUAGGAGCACAAUGUUUGUGGUGCAAAUGAGCUUUUGUUGCUAGAGCAUUGCGGAGGCACCUUCAUAAGAUGUUAAUUUUUCCUCUUGAUCCCCUCGCCGGCUAGAAAUUAUGAUGGUUAAUUUUUCCUUUCCAUUGAUUUCCCCCCCCCCCCCUCAACGUCUGUUUAAUACUUAAUAGUAAUGGCAAUCCACACCGUAUUUUAAUAAUUAUAUUAUAUAUAGUUAUAACAAAAUAUACUCAUUCAAAGGUUACAAAUGAUAUACUCUUGGAGUACAUUGUAUCCUUUUUUUAUAUAAGCAGAGUACAUUGUAUCCUACACAAUAGCAAAGUCGGGAUAUAAAAAUAGGUGAAGUAUGGAAAAGGUUCAAAUACAUUAACCCUAAAAUUAAUUACAAAGAGUUUUACAAUUCUUUUGUAUUCAGCUAUUCAUCCAUUAUUCUAACGUUUAGGUUAAAGAAAACUAUGAUAAUCAAGUAUAUAAAAAAGCAAUCGAAUCAGGUAGGGCUGCAAAUGAGCCGAGCGGCUCGACGUUCGACUCGAGAAAAGCUCGUUCGAAACUCGACUCGUUAAUAAACGAGCCGAACACGAGCUCACCAUUGUUCAGCUCGUGAAGAUCGCGAGCUAGCUCGACUCGGUGGCUUGUUGAGCUAAACUCGUGAGCUGGCUCGUUUAGAGCUAAUGAUAUGUCUUAACAUGUGGCUAGAGAGCCAACUCGAUUACCAACUUAUGGACGAAUCAAUCUAUAUCUUAUGAUUUUAAUUCAUAUGGUUGUUAAAUUAUAUAUCUCACAAUAUAUAAAGUUUAACACGUUGAGUAUGUGAGCAAAUAUAUCUUAUUUUCUACUUUAAAAAGAAAUUAUGCAUCAUAGAUUGCUCCGAUACUAUGAAAUAACAUGAUUUGGAGUAGUUAAAAUUUAUUAGUUAAAUGAUAUAUGAUACCAACAAAGUAUAAUAUGAGAUUAGCUAACAAAAUAAAUCAUAUGUAUCAUGAUAUACAAAAUGAAGUACCAAUUAAAAGUUAAGAUUUUAAUAAACAAGCUAGCUCGAACUCGACUCGGCUCAUUUGCAGCCCUAGAAUCAGGACAAUCUUGUGAAAAAGAAGGGGGGGAAAGUCGAAUGAAGACAACCUUUGAAUUGAAAACUAAUUAAAUAUAAUACAAUUACUUAUUACUGGUGAUAUAGCAAAAUCAGGCUCUCACAACCUUCUCAUCAGGUCUGCAGAGGCCAUUUUGGUGUCAAAGAUCAGACGGAUCUGCAGGAGGACAUGUCCUACUAAGACCACCCACAGCAAGCAUUGUAAAAAAGGGGGAAAAGGAAAAAAAGAGGGGAAAGCCUACAAUAGGGGAGGAUAAAAAGGCUAAAAAGGAAAAGAAGGCUAUUGGGGGAGGGUUUACCCUUCUGAAAAAGACAAAAGGAGGAAAAAGUGGGUUGCUGGUGGAAGAAGAUGAUUGGGCCACGUGGCUGGUGCCCUCUUUUUCUUUUUUUCCCCACCCUUUUAAAGAAAAAAACCCCUCCCCAUUACCAUUUUUUUUCCCUCCCACCCAUUGUGACCAAUUCCUCUCCUCCACCCUUUUUUCCCUUUUCCACCACCCUUUUCACCCUUUUUUCCCUUCCAUCAUUAUGGAUGGUCUAAGUAGCUCGCACAGCUGUAGUCUGUGACGGGAGCAAUUUGUUUGGUUUGGCUAACGGGAGCUUGUGUGAGUAACGGCAGCAAACGGAAGUGAUUUAUUAUUAUUAUUGUUCUCAUAGGGGUCGUUUGGAAGUUGCGAUUGUUUUGUUGAGAUUGUCAUUAUGCAUGUAUUGUUUACAAUGCAUCAUUUUUUUAUAGCAAAAACAAUACAUGGAUUGUUUAUGU